ACCGCGUCCCCGCUGAUACCGCGGUAAUCCGUAUAUUACCUAAUUUGCAUACAAAGCGCCCUCUGUCAACUGUUUACCACGUGAAAUUGAAAGCGGAAGUGUUUCUUUUUUCAUCGGGACGAAAACUUGUGAAAAUGUCUUCAAUACUGAAUGCAAAGCAAAACAAGAUGAAAUACGACAGGGCAAAUCUUUUGAGGGCAUUUCAAGCCUCACAGAAGGGCAUGUCAGUCUACAGGGCUUCUAGAGAGUAUAACGUUCCAGAAUCAACUCUACGUGGCAGAACACGGGGAUUGGUUGCUGUUGACGUAACUGUGGGGUUUAAGCCAUUGUUUUCUCUAGAUGAAGAAGAAAAGCUUGUCAAGCACAUUUCUUACAUGGCAGGCAUAGGCUAUGGAUAUAAUGUGUCCAAAAUAAAGUACAUGACCAGGGACUAUGCCUUACAUCUUGGAAAGUUGUUAAGUCUGCUGAAAGUCUCAGUGAUUGUUGGUUUUAUGACUUUGUUAAGAGAUGGCCUAACUUAAAAAUUGCAAAACCACAGAAACUUGCCAUAUCUAGAGCUAAAUCUGCAUCAAGACAAACCAUUGAUAACUAUUACUGUGAACUUGAAUAUAUCUUGAAAGAACACAACUUACUAGACAAGCCAGAACGGAUUUUCAACAUAGAUGAGACUGGAGUGUCCACAGAGCACCAACCACCAAAGGUGGUUUGUAGUAAAGACACAACUCCGCAAGCUGUUACAUCACCUAGGUCUUCUUUGGUUACAAUCAUUGCAGGAGGUAAUGCCAUUGGUAAUUCUAUACCACCAUACUUUGUUUUUUUCUGGGAAACGUUAGAACCCUGAAUUUCUCCAGGACGCCUGUGUUGUCACAAACCAUUUUGCGAAGUAUGCAAAUCUGUCACCAGAGAUACCAACCUUAUUACUGUAUGAUGGACAUAAAUCACACAUUUCCCUUACUCUUACUCAGUGGGCUGAAAGAAACAAUGUGAUAUUAUUUGUUCUGCCUCCACAUACAAGCCAUUUGACACAACCACUGGAUGUUGGGGUAUUUGGACCAUUCAAGAAGAUGUAUGUUAUGGCUUGUCACUCUUACAUGCAACAGAACCCUGGUCUUACCAUUUCAAAGUACAG